AUGCGGUUCCUGUCGCUCUUCACCCAGCUCCUGCUGCCGCUGUCGGCAUUGGCCGCCAAGAAGGCGCCGUCGCAGGACCGCUUCCACACCUUCCGCGCCCAGGGCUCGCCGCUGAAGCUCGACGACGCCUCGUUCAAUGAAUUGACCUCGGCCCCGCGCGACUACGCCGUCGCCGUGCUGCUGACCGCCCUCGAGCCGCGCUUCGGCUGCCAGAUGUGCCAGGAAUUCCAGCCCGAGUGGAACCUGCUGGCGAAGAGCUGGACCAAGGGCGACAAGGACGCCGAGAGCCGCACCAUCUUCGCGACUCUGGACUUUGUCGAUGGCAAGGCCACCUUCCAAUCCCUCAUGCUCCAAACCGCGCCCGUCCUCCUGCUCUUCCACCCGACUUCCGGCAUCAAUGCCAGGGCUGACACCCAGCCCAAGCGCUUCGACUUUGCCAAUGGCCCGCAGUCGGCCGACGGCAUCCACGCCUGGAUCUCGCGCAACCUCCCCGAGGGCCCGCACCCGCCCAUUGUCCGCCCCAUCAACUACCUGAAGAUUGUCUCCGUGACCACCGCCGUGCUCGGCCUGAUCACCUUCAUCACCGUCGCUGCGCCCUACAUCCUGCCCAUCAUCCAGAACCGCAACCUGUGGGCCGCCUUUAGCCUGAUCAUGGUGCUCCUAUUCACCAGCGGCCACAUGUUCAACCACAUCAGAAAGGUGCCCUACGUUGCCGGCGACGGAAAGGGCGGCAUCAGCUACUUUGCCGGCGGCUUCCAGAACCAGUUCGGAAUGGAAACGCAAAUCGUCGCAGCCAUCUACGGUGUCCUUUCCUUUGCCACCAUCUCGCUCGCCCUCAAGGUUCCCCGCAUCGCGAACCCCAAGACCCAGCAGACCGCCGUCAUCAUUUGGGGUGGUCUGCUCUUCCUGUGCUACAGUUUCCUGCUCAGCGUUUUCAGGAUCAAGAACGGCGGUUACCCUUUCUACCUGCCUCCGUUUUGA